UUCUAUAUUGACGACAUUUACCUACUAUAGAAGCAUGGCAAGAGAGAUCCAAGAACUACUCACUUUUAUGACCUUAGAGUCUCGCAUUGACCUGAAAUCAGCGGCUCUUCAGUAUGUGUUGGGACUUACAAUAUCAGACGAAGGAAAGGAACUUAUAAAAUCGACUCUAGCGCUUUUAAGAUGUCUGUUUGAUCUGCUGAUGGACAAAGAGCCUGCCGUGUCCAGCACUGCACACGUGGUCCUUCUUAAUCUCUCAAGCAGCGAUGACAUGCGAGAGGUGAUGCUCACCAUGGAUGUGAUACCACGGCUACUGGGCCUGAUCGUCAACCCAGAAUGGAUCGAUGCCGACAAAGUUUGCAUGAUUUUGUCGAAUCUAACCCACUCGGAGAAAGGAGCGGUUGAGUUUGUGAGAGCGCUUCAGGAUGGACCGGAGUCGGCAACACGUAAUGUUACUCUUCAUCAGCUGGUGGACAUUUUUGAUCGAAAGAAUUUCAACAAAAGCGCAGAUUUUCACUAUUUGGCGACUGUUUUUCUGAACCUUUCCCAAGUGGCCAGUGUUAGAAAGUUGUUUCUUAAUAAGCAACUGUGCAUUCUACCGCGACUGUUACCGUACACACAGUUUGCAGGCUCGAGUGUGAGGAGAGGAGGUGUCGUGGGGCUACUCAAGAACCUCUGCUUUCAAGUGGAGUGCCAUGAAUGGUUGCUGAGUGAGGAGGUAGACCUGCUGCCCUCACUACUGCUCCCUCUGGCUGGACCAGACCACUUCACAGAGGAAGAGACGGAGAGUUUCCCCGAGGAGCUCCAGUAUUUGCCUGAUGACAAACAGAGGGAGACUGACCCUGGUGUAAGGAAGAUGUGCAUUGAGGCCAUCACAAAGCUGUGCUCCACUCGUUUCGGACGUGGUUUCCUGCGGUCUAAACAGACGUACCUCAUCUUGAGAGAGUACCACAAAUGGGAGACUGACAAAGAAGCCUCCCUCGCAUGUCAGAAGCUCAUUCACACUCUCAUAGGUGACGAGCCACAGCAGGGAAUGGAGAACUUACAUGAGGUGGAACUGCCCGAGGGCUAUACACCGUCACAAACCAUCAUUGCCGGAAACUGUAUAGGCUCAGCAUAAGAAUUAUUUAUUAAUAAAUUAUGAGACCUUAAUUUUGAAUAAAUCAUCCUUCAAUAUAUAUACAACGAACUUGGAUAAAAUUAUUAAUUGAAGUGA